CGAUACAGCAUGACUUCAAAGCUGUCUUUGGGUGUUGUUGUUAUUGCAGUUGGAGUAUUACUUGCCGUGCAAGUUGUAGGAAAGCAUGGUGGUGGAAGUGGUGGAGGAGGAGGACACGAUUGUGAAAAAUGUAAUUGCCACGGAGUCUAUCAAGGGAGCAACGGUGAGGAUGGAUGCGAAUGCUUUACUGGGUACACAGGGACUUCUUGUGAAAACGAAAUUACUACGACGACGACUUCGACAACUACCACAACCACACCAGCAACAACAACAACAAAACCAACAUUGCCGACAACUCCAGUUCAAGAAAUAAGUACAACGACCACGACAACUACCACAACUUCACCACAACCAACAACAACAUUGCCGACACCGUCUGCUCAAGUUUAUCGGCAGUGCAAUAAAUACAUGGCGAUAAACAACAUUGCGCAUGCGCAAUUUGUAACCAUACCUUCUGCGCAUGCGUGUGACAGUACCACUGAAAGGGCAACACCGGAAGCAUUGGUAAUGAAUGACUGCAACGUAACAAACAACACAAGCGAUUGGUCCAAAGGACAAAAGGUAGUAGACGAUUGUGCCAUCGUGCCCCCGUACACGGCUGUAGCGACUUUCCCCACGGACAGCUACCCGAGUUACGGAUAUUCCGGGAUAUUCGUCGGCUGUCUUGACAACGGAUUGAAGAUGAUUAUGCAAACGUGUGACAAGACGCCGUACAUUGCUCACAUAGUCGAUGGAGGCUCGCAACAACUGGAUCCUAACCAAUAUUACACCAUUGUGUAAUUUUACAAAUCAAUAGUGCAAUUACUGUCCAAUACAAGAAACAUUUUACCCCAUUAUGUAAUAGUUAACUGAAAAUGAAACUAUGCGCUGAAUGAUUAUUAAAAAACCA